GGUGGCCAUCUUGCGAGCCAAAGCCUCGUCGUUUCGGGCAGCGACUUACAAGCCCCCGCCGGUAGCGCAGGGGAAACGGUCGGGAGCGUUGCCGAAACCGAGUUUCCAGCCUGGGGCUUUCGUCGUUGAAAAAGCCAGCACCGUUUUCACCCAGGUCGAGGGGGAGAAAAGGAGAAGGCGGGUGGAAUAAGGAAACUCUUCGUUCAAGCUUGGCAACAGAAACGAUCUGAGCCCAACAAAUAAUGCGGUCUUUUGCUACGCGACCGGGGUCCUUGCGCUCGAUCGGGCAGAGAGACUUCACCGGGGAGCAGAGGCAACUUGGAGCAUGUAAAGUAACCAAGGAAACUGAACUCCAGUAUGUGGUAUAUUAUGCAGAGCAUCCAGAGUAAAUAUUCUUUGUCAGAGCGCUUGAUCCGGACUAUAGCAGCCAUUCGAUCUUUCCCACAUGACAAUGUUGAAGACCUAAUAAGAAGGGGAGCAGAUGUCAACUGUAUGCAUGGUACGCUGAAACCAUUGCACUGUGCUUGCAUGGUGGCUGAUGCAGAUUGCAUUGAGCUGCUGUUGGAGAAAGGAGCUCAGGUCAACGCCCUUGAUGGCUACAAUCGAACAGCCCUUCAUUAUGCAGCUGAGAAGGAUGAGACCUGUGUGGAGAUCCUUUUGGAAUAUGGGGCAAAUCCCAAUGCACUGGAUGGCAAUAAGGACACUCCACUGCACUGGGCUGCCUUUAAAAACAAUGCCGAAUGUGUCCGAACACUUUUGGAAAGCGGGGCCUUUGUCAAUGCUCUGGAUUAUAAUGACGACACCCCUCUGAGCUGGGCAGCAAUGAAGGGCAACCUGGAGAGCGUCAGCAUCCUCCUGGAAUACGGAGCGGAGGUCCGGAUAGUCAAUAUGAAGGGGCAGACCCCAAUUUCAAGGUUAGUCGCCCUGCUGGUCAGAGGACUUGGCACCGAGAGGGAAGAUUCCUGCUUCGAUCUCCUUCACCGAGCCGUCGGACACUUCGAAUUGAGGAAAAACGGUGCGAUGCCACGCGAGGUUAUGCGAGAUCAGCAGCUUUGUGAAAAGCUUACCACGUUAUGCUCUGUCCCAGGCACAUUAAAGACGCUCUCGCGCUAUGCUGUGCGCCGCAGCCUGGGUAUGCAGUUCCUACCAGACGCAGUGAAGGAACUGCCUCUGCCAGAAUCUUUGAAAGAAUAUGUCUUGCUUAAAUGAUGGCUUCCUCUCUCUCUUUUUUUUUUCUUUUCCAUAGGAUUGUAUUAACUAGCACAUUGGUGAUGCACGGUGGUCCUGGCCUUUCAUCAUUGCGGCGGUAGCGUCAGCACAAAAUAGAUUUUACAGAUGUAGCUCCAGGAGCCAGCUGGUGUAACACCUGCUGUUUUGUCCAGUGUUUUCCCUUAGCUUCUCCAUUUGCUAUAGUAUCCUUCUGACCUUUCUUUAGCAGAGGAGGCUAGGAAAGGACUUCUGGCUUCUUAUGGCCAGAAGGCCCAAGUGAAACAAGCCUGUGUUCUACCUCCUGAAGAAGACCACUUCCUAAAUUCAGGAUUUGACUUCUGUUUGCUGUGAAACAUUCACAGAGCCAGUUGUCUCCUAGCAUCACAAAACGAACUGAGGUGGCUGAAGUUUGCCUUCCUUUAAACUCAGCACAUGCAUCGAAGCAUUUGAGUAAUCCAGUCUUCCUCUUAGUUUUAGGCUCUCCUAAAGCAGGCUGUCCAUGCAUUUCAUAGACUGUAAUGGCUUAAUGAAUCUGAAUAAAGAAAUCUGGUGAGCUGAUCAGCUCCUGUAGGGAUUAAGGGCUGUUCUCUUUUACAUUAGCACCUUUGAGAUUUUCACAGUUGCAGAGAUGCUCAGAAAGGCAAAAGCUCUUUUUGAAAACCAAGAACAGAGCAUCCCAGCACUUUUGGGAACUGAAGCCAAAAAGAUUCUUCAGACUGGGUGUGGAUAUGCAUUUGGCCAUUCUGCUUCUUAAAACAGCCACAUGAUUCAAGAGAGUACCGAUUUGCAUUAAGGAGACGCCUGCCAGGUGCUUUGGACUGGAUUUAAGUGCACAAUUGAUGCAUCUUUAACUCAGAUGCGUAAUUCUUCAGGUUUGCUUGGCUAGGGUGAGCCCAAGAAAAGAGACUGGUUUGUGAAGGAGGCACUACCAAGAGUCAUGUGCAUGCCGGUGUGUGUGUGCGUACCUUGCUCCAGGGCAUCAUUUUGUUUUAGGAUCUUGAGUGUUGCACUUCAUUAAUUUGGAUCAUCUCUUCUUGUUGCUUUAGACCAGAGGUCUCCAACUGUGGCAACUUUAAGCCUGGCGGACUUCAACUCCCAGAAUCCCCCAGCCAGCAAAGCUGGCUGGGGAAUUCUGGGAGUUGAAGUCCGCCAGGCUUAAAGUUGCCAAGGUUGGAGACCUCUGCUUUAGAUCAUCUCUGUUUAUAUCACAGAAAAAAAUGAUAGAAAUCUGAGGAGGAGACGAUGAAGUGUGUUGCUUCAGCCCGAGUGAGGAAUUUGUGACAAGAUAAGGAGAUGGGGUGUGUGAGGAAGGAACAAAUGUCCUACAAUGAAAAAAGAUGCAUUUUUUAAAACUCAGCCUUUUGUUUACAGUACUGGUUUGUAUGUGUGAUCAUAAAAAGUAACAUUCAGGAGCAGGCUGACAGAAACUUGUAGCCGGACUAGCUGUCCAUAGUCUCACCUCAUCACGACCAUCUGUAGAAACCGUUGCCCUACCUGAGGAAAUUGAGAAAAGUAACUCAGUGGUGCUUGUUCUGGAGGCAUACUAAUGAACAUGGCAGUUUUGUAUCUUGCAUAGUGAUGAGGAAAUCUUUUCUGCCCAUGAUGCGUGCAUUUACAUAUUUUAUUCACUGCUUUAAAGCUUUCCAGAAUGUUCUUUCACUUCCUGUCUUUGCAGCUCCAGACAAUGCUACUCGGCUCAUAUUGAGCCUAGCAACAAUGGAACUAUCUAAUAUAAUCAGCUUCUGAUUUGCCAGCACAUUCUUUAUUAUUGUACAGUUCUAGUGUGCCCAAGCAAAGAAAUGGCAAAGCAAUUAUUCAUUUUAAAAAAAGUUAAGGCAUCUUUAAAAUGGGUUUCCUCAUUCACUUUUUUUGCUAUGCAAUUAUGAUUGUAAUUCUCUUAUUUUGUGGCAGGCUUCUGUUGCUUCCAUUGCUUUGAUCUCUUUUAAUCAAAAUGAAAAAUUGGGGGGGGGGUGACAGGUUGAAUUUAUUAAGGUCUAUAUCUGCCAUUUUUAAAAAAGUUGAUCACUGUAAAGUUGCAGACCUGUAAAAUUGCACAUAUGUUUUUUUCACAAAUUAUUCUCUUGGUUUGGACAAAUGAAGCAGCAUCCUUAUGAAUUCAGGAGAGCUGAGAAUACGCCCCAAUUACCCACUUUAGAUAUUUGGAGCUUUAAGUGCCAAGAGCCUCACUGAGCAAGUCCAAUGGCCUGGGUGUGUGGGCAUUGUAAUUACAACCACUGUUUUAUCUGCUAUUCAGUUUCAGAAAUGGAAUUGUGAUUUCUGACCAUAAGUCUUUUUGGGGGGCUUUUCUCCCAAGAUUGGAGUAUUGGCUCUCAUAUCAAUUCCUGGAGUGUCUCCUUUCUGCUCAGGAUAAUAUUCUCACUUCUAUUUUGAAGAAGGGGAGAUGGGAAUUAGAAUCCUAAACAGCCAUCUUGAAAAUUAGGCAACGUGGGAAUAAGUAUAUUAAUUGCUGAAAUACAUUCUAUGCUUCUGGACUGUGGAAACUAUUUGAUGUGAACAGAGCCAUCAUUCUCUUCUAGAUGUGUUUUCUUUCUUAUUGCUCAGACAAAUUAACAAUACUAGAAUGCCACAGCCUACAUCUUUCAUACCGAAAUAGGGAAGUGAAAAAAUAUUCUCUACAUAGAACAUCUGCAUUUGGAUAGUUGGUCACCACAGCUGAAAUAUGUGUUUUUGAAGUUUAGGUCCGUACACUAAACAAAAUGGGUCUUGUUUUAUUCAAUAUAAGAAUUGGGGCACAACCACUUGUAGAAGGAGAGGAGAAAGGAAGCAAAGUGUAACUAUCUUCCUUCUUUGCUUCAGGAAAUCCCUCUAGGAUUCAGAUUUUGGUUUAACCAAAACCCAGAAGCAUCACUUUUCAGAUUUUCUACUGAACUGCAGCUGGACUAGGAUGAUUUGGGAAACAUUUCAAAACAAUUUUGUUCUUUGUUUCAUGCAUACAGCUCUUCCCCCAAAUUCCAAAGGAAUAAAAAACAGAUGGUUGUUUCCCCCUGCUAUGUCUUCUCCUUCAUACAGAUCUGGACCAGCUUACAAGAAAAAUCAUGUUGUAAGCUGAAAGUACUCUUUUUGAAGUGUUUGGUUGUGGAGGAAUACUUGUUCAAUGCGCAAAUGACGAUAUUAAAAGCUUGUUGAUUAAAUUUACAUUGUACUGGAGAGUUUUUAUUCUGUUGUUUAUGUCUUCAUAAGAAUGCUUCAUAUGGUUAUUUUUCUUCUUUUUGACUAUCUGCAAGUUGACUGAUUUCUUCCUGCAAGUCCUUAUUUGUAUAUUCAUAAGGUAGGCCAGCUCACAUUCACCAGAUGUGUGGGUACACUUAAUUUCUCAAUAGUGAUAAUUCUGAUUAUGGAAUUUUGAGAAUUAAAAUCUAAACUUGGGGAAUAGAUGAACGAGGUAAACUAGUUCAAUGAUGAUAAUUAGGUGGAUUUCACCAAAGCAAAAACAAUAUGAAUGGGCCACAUUGUGAGAGGGGUAGCUUUAGUGAAAGGGGCUAAAUACAUCUAAAUAAUAGUGAGAUCUUUAAUAGAAAAUACCAAUCAACAGCUGGAUUUUGUUUCUAAAGUUGCUGUUAAGGUAUUUUGUAGGUCUGCGUUUAUUAUUAACAAGUAUGUAUCUCUUCUUUUAUGUACCCUGAGAUCAUAUGCACCAAGACAAAUUCCUUGUGUGUCCAAUCACACUUGGCCAAUAAAAAAUUCUGUUCUGUUCUAUUCUAAAUAAUUUUUCUGGAGAAACCCACAAGGACUUUUAAUUUAGUCAUAAGGGCAAGUGCUAAAUUCCCUUCUUGAAGCUGUUCUUUUGCAUUCAUCUUGAUUACACACUAAAGCCUAUAUAAUAUUGGUGGCUCUCCUUUAUUUUCAUCCACUGUUCAAAUGUUGGGUUUUUUGGUCUCAUUUGCUCCCUUGAUCCUGCUUUUAGGGUUACCCAGCAUAGGUUCCUGCUCUGCUGUAGGUUUCAGAGUAUUCAGGAAAGUUCCACGGUGGAAGUUCCAUAAACACUAACGGAAGAAAGUUGUGAGCAUUGAACUUAGCCAUGCUAAAAUGGUCUGGCCCUUCCUAAAUUUAACAGUAGAUAUUAGGGUGUCAGGAAGCAUCACACAUGGGCUGGUUUGCGCAACUGUGAAUGGGUGAGGAAAAUUAAUGGAUUAUGGGAGAGAAGAAUAUCCAUCCACUGCAACCUAACUGCCCAAGGAAGUUAUUCUCUUUUGGUAAAAAGUUUAAGCUUGGUGUUCUGCCUGCCCAUUCUUCCACUUUAUUUUUAAAUACUUAUUUUUCGAUCAUGAUGGCAACCAUUCUAUUCACACUUUAAUCUUAGGGUAGUUGCUUUGUGAGGUUGGAGAACAACAAAAUUUCUCUAAACUGUCCAAUUUACUUACUAGUCGAUAGAGAUUUUAGUCCUACUUCCAUGUGUACAAAAACAACCAAAUGUGCCAUUCAGCCGAUGUUCUGAAAGCCAUUUCUAAAGCUACAUGUUUACCCAGUCACCGCUUCACAAGAGCUGCCCUAAUAUAUAGGCUUCACCAGUUUAAAUGUCUACAUAAGCAUUUACCCAAAGAGCAAAAAUACUAUCCUUAUAGACACACAAAGUGUCUACAUGGAUGCUUCUUUAUGGAUUAGCUUUCCUGUCAUACAUAAAAAAAACCCACAGGAAGAUUAUCAGAUGCUGCCUAUGCAAUGUUCCCUUUAAAUCAAUCUGGAGCUUACUGUGGAUAAAGAAG